AUGGCCAAUCAACAGUACGGCGGCUAUCCGCCCCAGCAAGGUUAUGGCCAGCAGCCACCCCAUGGCCACUAUGGCGCUCCACCCCCAAACCCCUAUGGUCGCCCUCCUCAAGGCCAAUACGGCGCCCCACAGCCUGGCUACGGUCCUCCCCCCACACAUUAUCAACAGCCGCCACCAGGUCAAUACGGCGCCCCUCCUCAGGGGCACUAUGGCGCACCCCCUCCCCAGCAAGGACAGUAUGGCGCGCCCCCACCAGGCCAAUAUGGAGCACCUCCACCCCAGGGACAGUAUGGAGCAUCCCAAUCGCGUGGCUAUGGAGGCCCACCAACUCAGCCCUCUCUCGGUUAUGGCCACGAGACUGCCAACAUUGACAUGAUGAGGGACGUCGAGGCCAUUCGGAAGGCCAUGAAGGGCUUUGGUACCGACGAAAAGGCGCUGAUUAGUGUUCUGGCUAAAAAAGACCCUAUCCAGAUUGGAACUAUCCGCGCACAGUACAACCAGCGCUUGAUGCGCAACUUGGUCCAGGAUCUUGAAAAAGAAACCAGCGGGUACUUUGCAAGGGGCUUGGUUGGAAUUGCUCGAGGACCUUUGGUGGCCGACUGCUACAACCUCAUGGAAGCCAUGAAGGGCCUGGGUACCAAGGAAUCCAUCCUAGACGAUGUUCUCGUUGGCCGCAGCAAUGCUGAUGUCAAUGCCAUCAAGCAAAAGUACCAGGAGCUCUUCCACCGGUCACUACAAAAAGACCUCCAAGGCGAUCUCAGCGCUGGCACGGAGCAAAUGUAUAACAUGAUUAUUGCUGCGAACCGUGCUGAGGACUCGCAUCCUGUGAUUCCGCAGGAGAUCGAACAGGCCGUGACGGACCUCCAGGCCGGCAUUGGCGGUUUCGUCGGCAAAAACAUUCCGCAGGUCUGCGGCAUCCUCACCAGCAAAAACGACGCCCAGCUGCGAGCCAUGGCACAAGCGUACCAGCAGCGUUUCCACAAGUCUCUCGACAGCGUGCUCAAGUCCAACUUUUCAGGCCACAUGGAAGAUGUGCUCCGUCUGAUUGUGCGCCGAGCUAUAAACCGGCCCGAAGCCGAAGCCAUCCGCCUGGAAGAGUCCAUGGCUGGCUUGGGAACAAAGGACGAACUCUUGGUACAGCGUGUGGUGCGCUGCCACUGGGACAGGAAUUUCAUGAAUGCGGUUAGCCACGCGUACAAGCAGCUGUACAAGAAGGAUCUUGUCAAGAGGAUAGAAGGAGAGACACGCGGUGACUACGAGAGGCUCAUGGUUGCUUGUGUGAAGCCUUGA